UGACGUUCGAGACGGUUAUCAAUAACUCGAAAUAUAGAUUGAUAGAUAAACUUGAAAUAAUAUGGAUAUCGAAGAGUCAUCAGUCUCUAAAACGUCAGAUGAGGUGCCUUAUGCAGCUGGUCUGGAGCCCUCAAAACCUAUUAGUUUUUUUCAAUUAUUUCGAUACUCAACACCAUGGGAAAUAUUCUUUCUCUUCAUCGGUUUUGUAAUGUCAGCCAUUAAAGCACUUACACUACCUGCCGUUGUGAUUAUCUAUAGUGAAUUUACUGCCAUGUUGGUAGAUCGCUCUUUGAUGGUUGGUACCAGUUCAGAAACUUAUGCUUUACCCAUAUUUGGUGGUGGCAAAAUGCUUACAAAUGCAUCUGCAGAAGUGAAUAGUGAAGAAUUGUACAAAGAUUCCAUAUCUUACGGCAUACUUUUGACGUUGGCGUCAGUCGUUAUGCUGAUAUCGGGCAUAUUCUCCGUGGAUGUUUUUAACUUGAUAGCUUUACGCCAAGUGACUCGCAUGCGGAAAAGCCUUUUUGAAUCUGUGAUGAGACAGGAUAUCGGUUGGCAUGAUUUGGCAACGAAGCAAAAUUUUGCACAAAACAUGACUGACGACGUAGAAAAGAUACGUGAUGGCAUAUCAGAGAAAGUGGGCCACUUUUUGUAUCUAAUCAUAGGCGUUGUGAUUACCGUAGCUAUAUCCUUUGCUUACGGCUGGAAACUGACGUUAGCUGUUAGUGUCUAUAUACCAAUUGUUAUAGCCUUAAAUAUUUUUGUUGCAAAGUUUCAAAGUAAACUCACAACACGAGAGCAAGAAUCUUAUGGCGGGGCUGGCAACUUAGUUGAAGAAAUUCUUACAUCUAUUCGAACAGUAGUUUCGUUUGGUGGAGAGAAACGUGAAUCAGAACGUUAUGACAAUUUCCUUGUACCAGCACGAAAAGCAAGUCAACGUAAAGGUGCUUUCUCUGGUCUUACCGAAGGAGUACUAAAAAGUAUGUUAUUUCUGUCCUGCUCUGGUGCAUUUUGGUAUGGUGUUAAUUUGAUAUUGGAUGAUCGUGAUAACGUCGACAAGGAAUACACACCAGCCAUCUUAAUGAUUGCUUUCUUUGGUAUUAUUGUUGGUGCCGACAAUUUGGCACGAUCGGCACCUUUUCUGGAAGCUUUUGCUAUAGCACGUGGUUGUGCAUCUAAUAUAUUUAAAGUUAUUGAUGCCCCUUCAAAAAUCGAUCCAUUAUCAACAGAUGGAAAGCUUUUGAAUUAUGGCUUGCGCGGGGAUGUCGAAUUUCAAGAUGUAUUCUUUCGUUAUCCUUCACGUCUUGAUGUUAUAGUACAUCGCGGUUUGAAUAUUAAAAUUAAAUCAGGCCAGACAGUUGCUUUAGUUGGACAUUCAGGCUGUGGCAAAUCAACUUGUGUGCAACUGUUGCAACGAUUUUAUGAUCCUGUCUUUGGAGCAGUACUGCUAGACGAUUUAGAUAUCAGAAAGUACAAUAUACAAUGGUUACGUUCGAAUAUAGCAGUUGUAGGUCAGGAGCCAGUACUUUUUCAAGGAUCUAUUGGAGAAAACAUUAGUUACGGCAGACCUGAAGCUACACAAAAGGAAAUCGAAGCUGCAGCAAAAUCUGCUGGUGUACAUGACUUCAUCAUUAAUUUACCUGAGAGUUAUCAAACUGUUAUAGGUGAACGUGGUUCUCAGCUAUCUGGAGGACAGAAACAACGCAUAGCAAUUGCGCGAGCACUUAUACAAAAUCCUAAAAUUCUUUUACUGGAUGAAGCAACCUCCGCCUUAGACUACCAGUCGGAAAAGUUAGUACAAGAAGCAUUAGACUUAGCAAGCAAGGGGCGUACUACUAUUGUAGUAUCGCAUAGACUUUCUGCUGUGCGUAGUGCAGAUAAAAUUGUGUUUUUACAUGAUGGUAAAGUGGCUGAAGAAGGCUCCCACGAUGACCUAAUGAAACUGGAGGGCAUGUACUACAAUAUGGUUAAAGCUGGUGACAUGAAAAUACCGGAACCAGAGGAACCCAAAGACGUUGACAUUGAUGAUGAAAAAAGGAAGAGCCUUGCACUCUACGAAAAGUCCUUUGAAACCAACCCAGUCAAUUUUGAACAAAAACAAAAAAAUAGUGUACAAUUUGAGGAACCCAAUUUCGUGCUACCUAAGAAUAUGAAAGCAUUGACAGAACAAAAAGAAAAAGAACCUGAACCUAAUUUUUUUGUGACAUUCGCUCGCAUUCUUAAAAUAGCACGACCGGAAUGGUGUUUCUUGGUUUUGGGUGCAAUAUGUGCUAUUGGAUUUGGCUUCACUUAUCCAGCUUUUGCUAUUGUUUUUGGUGAAUUCUAUUCUGCACUGGCGGAGCCUGAAAAACAAGACGCUUUGGAUCGCACCGCUGUUCUUUCUUUGUGUUGUCUUGGCCUUGGCAUACUAACAGGCGUAGCUUCGUUUCUACAGACGUAUCUGUUCAACUAUGCAGGCGUUUGGUUGACUACCAGAAUACGUUCUAUGUCAUUUAAGUCAAUUAUGAUACAAGAGAUCGGUUGGUUUGAUGAAGAAAAGAACUCAGUUGGUGCAUUGUCAGCACGAUUGUCUGGUGAUGCAGCUGGUGUACAAGGUGCUAUUGGAUACCCAUUAAGUGGCUUAUUACAAGCAUGUUCAAACUUUAUUGUUGGUAUAUCAAUUUCAUUUUACUACUCAUGGAAAUUGGCUCUAUUAUGUUUGAGUACAUGUCCGAUUAUUGUGGGUUCCGUUAUCUUUGAAGUGAAAUUUAUGACAAACUGUAUGGUGCGUGAAAAAACUGUACUGGAAGAAGCUUGUCGUAUUGCUACAGAAGCUAUUGCUAAUGUCCGCACUAUUGCCGGCUUACGCAGAGAGCAGCCAGUGAUAGACAAAUAUAAUGAAGAGGUGCAUAAAGUGGAGGGUCUUAUACGACAAAAACUCAAAUACCGUGGUAUUAUCAAUGCAACUGGACAAGCAUUCCUAUUCUUCGCUUACGCAGUCGCACUAUGUUAUGGUGGUGUAUUGGUUUCAGAAGGAAAACUACCUUUCCAGGAUAUUAUUAAAGUAUCAGAAACACUCUUAUAUGGUUCAAUGAUGUUAGCACAAUCUUUGGCAUUUGCACCUGCUUUCACAGCAGCUCUAGUAGCCGGACAUCGUAUAUUCCUACUCAUAGAUCGCAAGCCAAAAAUAAGAUCUCCUGAAACCCUUCCUAAAAACACGCUUGCCAAGCAAUUAAAUCUCUUCGAAGGUGUACGUUAUCGAGAUGUAGAAUUCCGUUAUCCAACUCGUCAAGAUGUAAAAAUACUGAAUGGCAUCAAUCUAGAAGUUAUACAAGGACAAACUGUGGCUUUGGUUGGACAUUCCGGUUGCGGCAAAUCGACCUGUAUACAGUUACUACAGCGUUACUAUGAUCCCGAUGCUGGUUCUAUUCAUAUUAACUACGAUGAAAUCCAAGCAGAUUUAACUCUAGAAAACUUACGCAGUAAACUGGGCAUAGUAUCUCAAGAACCUUCACUCUUCGAACGCACUAUAGCCGAGAAUAUAGCUUAUGGUGAUAACACACGUGAUAUACCAAUGGCAGAUAUAAUUGCUGCUGCAAAGUGUGCGAAUGCACAUUCAUUUAUUAUUUCACUACCGAAUGGUUACGAUACCAAAAUGGGUGCACGUGGUACACAACUUUCUGGUGGACAAAAACAACGUAUUGCCAUUGCACGUGCUUUAGUUCGUAAUCCGAAAGUACUACUUCUCGAUGAAGCCACAUCUGCACUAGAUUUACAGAGUGAACAAAUUGUCCAACAAGCCUUAGAUGCUGCUUGUUCUGGACGUACUUGUAUUGUGAUUGCUCAUCGUCUCUCUACUGUACAAAAUGCGGAUCUUAUUUGCGUAUUGCACAAUGGACGAGUUGCCGAACAAGGCAACCAUCAUCAACUACUGGCCAAAGAUGGUAUUUACGCCAAAUUGCACAAGACUCAGAAGGAUCAUUAGACAUCAAAUUAGUCCUAAACUUUAUCUCAAUAGAAAGUAUCAUUUAGUUUUAAACAUUUCUAAGCUGAGACAAUACUUCAAUUUAGUACAUUGAUAUUAUUUUUAUUA